AGUACGUGGUUGCAGCGGUUCAAAGAGGAAGGAAGAUGGCGGAUAACAAAGGCGAGGAUGAUAUGGAAUCGUCUGCAAACUCGGACGCCGUGCCUUCAGCGCAAGAUAACGAGCAGCCAGAAACGAAAGAGGAAAGUGCAGUAAUAGUCUUAGAAGCGAACACAAAAGGCGGCGAAGAAACAGAGUUCCAGGAUACCGCUAACGAGGCACCGACACCCACCAGCGACGGCGGGGACGUAAGCAACGGCGGGGCUGCUGUAGAGGGAGGGGAAGCUGUAGAGGGAGGGGAAACGAACGGUAGCACUAGUAACAGCCCGGCGGAGACCAGCACCACCAAUGCGGAGCCGACGGCAGCUGAAACCCUGCCCGCCGUGGAUGCUCCUGUUGGAGGACCCAGCACUGAAAUGUCCCCCCCUGCUACUGCUCCAGCGGGCACGCCGGUAUCGACCCCCUUUAAUUUUUUGGAUACGUGCGCAGUGUGUAAACAAAGUCUUCAGAGCCGAAAUUGUGAUCCAAAACUUCUGCCUUGUCUGCACUCCUUUUGCCUGAAAUGCAUUCCGCAACCAGACAGACAGAUAAGCGUACAGGUGCCUGGACCACACGGGCAGACGGACACACAUAUAGUAAAUGUUAUGCGCUGCACAGUGUGCCAACAGGACUACAAACAGAGUGACAUCAUUGACAACUACUUUGUCAAAGAUACCUCAGACACCACCAGCACGUCUGAUGAAAAGGCUGCACAGGUGUGCACAAGCUGUGAGGACAAUGCAGGAACCAUAGGCUUUUGCGUGGAGUGCGGGGAAUGGCUGUGUAAGACCUGCGUGGAAGCUCACCAGAGGGUUAAAAUUACCAAGGACCACAAAAUCCACACCAAGGAGGACGCUGACGCUGCUUCCGAGUCUGUUGGUGCAGGGCAGAGGCCUGUUUUCUGUCCCAUCCACAAGCAGGAGCCCCUGAAGCUUUUCUGUGAGACCUGUGACACGUUGACCUGUCGGGACUGCCAGCUGCUGGAGCACAAAGAGCACAGGUACCAGUUCCUCGAGGAGGCUUUUCAGAACCAGAAAGGCUUGAUCGAGUCCAGCAUGGCCAAACUACAGGAAAAGAAGAGUUACGUGCAUUACUCGGUCUGCCAGGUGCAAAACAGGUUAAAGGAGGCGGGUGAAACGCAGAAGAAGGUGGAGCACGAGAUCAAAAUCGCAGUAUUUACUCUUAUAAACGAGAUCAACAAGAAGGGAAAGUCCUUGCUGCAACAGUUGGAUAGUGUCACCAAAGAGCGCAAUGUGAGGCUCGUGUCUCAGCAAAAGGACACCACGCAGCUGGCCCAACAGAUCCACCAUGUGCUCAGCUUCUGCCAAUGGGCCAUCAGCACUGGCAGCAGCACAGCGCUGCUCUACAGCAAGAGGCUGAUGCUCUACCAGCUUCGCCAGCAAUACAAGGCUCGACUGGAGCCAGUGCCACCGGCAAAUGGAGUUGUGCGCUUCUUCUGUGACCCCACCUUCUGGGCCAAAAAUGUGGUGAAUCUUGGUAAUUUGGUAAUCGAGAAGCAAGCCCAACCCGUGCAGCCACCCGGUGUGCUGGCAGUGGGACCGCCCAUUUCCCCGGGCCACGGUCACCACGGCAAACACCCGCAAACACAGAUCAACCUGGCCCAGCUCCGGAUGCAGCACUUGCAUCAGCAGGCGGCCUACGUGCAGCAGAAGCAGCAGCAGCACCAACUUCAUCAACAGCAGCAGCAGCAGCAACAGCAGCAGCAGCAGCAACAGCAGCAGCAGCAGCAGCAGCAACAGCAACAGCAACAACAACAGCAGCAACAACAACAACAACAGCAGCAACAACAACAACAGCAGCAGCAGCAGCAACAGCAGCAGCAGCAGCAGCAACAGCAGCAGCAGCAGCAGCACCAGCAGCAGAUCCAGCAACAGAUGCGCCUCGCCUCCCAAAUGUCCCAGCAGCAAGUCAGACCGGUCGGGUCCCCCAUGGGUCAGCAGCAGCCUCCGAGGCUCAUCAGUAUGCAGCAGCUACCAAGAGGGCCUGGGGGUAUGAACGGGGGGCCAGGUUCCCCCAUGUACCCUUCCGCUCACCACAUGCGUCUCCAGGGUCCCCCACAGGGCCGAAUGCCUACGGCUCAGCCCAGACUCAACGGACAGCAGUAUCCCGCCAUGAUGCAGCCUCAGCUACAGAGACAGAUGUCUUUAGAAUCUGAGAUGAGCCACCAAAGGUUUCGUUUCUUACUACAAUCAGGGCAUUCCAACCCAGGGCAUGUAGGCCCUUUCCCAGUGGCAUCCCUCCAUAACGCAAACCCCACGAGUCCCACCAGUGCCAGUAUGGCGGGGGCCCAUGCUCACCACGGCCCCGCCAGCCCCAUCAUAGGGCCCAUCGAGCUCAUCCCCUCCGUUACCAAUCCUGAGAACCUGCCCUGCCUACCCGAGAUCCCGCCCAUACAGCUGGAGGAUGCAGGGUCGAGCAGCCUUGGACACCUCCUGUCUCGCUGCAUUUCAGUCAGCACGCAGCAUCUCCUCUGCGCAUUGGACAUGAACCCCUCGCCUGGCCUGUCCACACACUCUCCUGGAUCCUCAGGGUUGUCAAAUGCACACACACCAGCACGACCUUCUAGCACGUCCAGCACAGGCAGCAGAGGCAGCUGUAGUUCGGCUGGAAAGACGGGGCCAGGAGGUGGCGCUGCGGUGGAGCAGGUGAGGGUGAAGCAGGAACCUGGAACAGAAGAAAGCAACAGCUGUCCAACUUCUUCUAUGAAGACGGAGCGGGGGAAAGAUGGGAGGAGUGAUUGCAUGAUGAGCAAUCCGGAGAGCAGCACCCAUCCUACAUUGGGAGUCGUAUCUUCCGGCCUAGAUGCUCUCAGGGUUUUAGGGGAGCGCAUCAAAACGGAACCCCAAUCUGAGACGCCUUGUUCUGGAAGUGGCUCUGGGGCCGCCACCUCUUCCACUCCCACAACGACCUCCGCUAUCUCGUUACACUCCGGGAACGGCAGCAGAACGGCCGGCGCUUCGCUCACUAAUGGCAACUCGGAGAAGGGGGACGACCCCAAUGAGGACUGGUGUGCUGUCUGCAUCAACGGAGGAGACCUGCUGUGCUGCGACCGCUGCCCCAAAGUGUUCCACAUGAAGUGCCACGUUCCCACCAUCAAAAUCUUCCCAACGGGUGAUUUUCUCUGCACGUUCUGCCGAAGUCUAACCACCCCUGAGAUUGAGUACUGUGACGAAAGCUCGAGGAACCCAGAGGAACAGGGGCUCAGUCCUGAGGACCAAAGGAAAUGUGAACGCCUCCUGCUGCACAUCUACUGCCACGAGCUCAGCGUGGGCUUCAGGGAACCUGUUCUCAGCUCGGUGCCCAACUACUACAAGAUUAUCAAGAAGCCCAUGGACCUGAAGAAGGUGAAGAAGAGGCUGCAGCUGCGGAGCUCCCAGCACUACCAGUCUGUGCAGGAGUUUGUGUCCGACAUGCGCCUGGUCUUCACAAACUGCGCAAAUUACAACGAGAUGUCUCGAAUAAUCCAGGUUUAUGAUGAGGAGAAUCAGAUUAAUACGCAGGCCGGAUCUGAGAUGGCAAUAUCCGGCAAGGCAGUGAGCCUGUACUUUGAGGAGAAGUUGCAGGAGUCGUUCCCCGGGCAGAGCUUCCCUGAAACACCACAAACAGAGGGUCCAGCAACCGAGGAGAAGGAGGACACAGAGGACUCUGACGAGGACUUCGUACAGCCCAGACGCAAACGGUUAAAAACAGACGAGAAAGUGUUCCACAUCAAGUGAGAAACGACCUCAAAAUACACCAGAGAAGUAAAACAAACUGUCUUCUUCACGUCUCCGACUCCUCGUCUGUUUGAGGCAGCCGUCAAUAAAGGAGGAGAUCCGCUGUACAAACUGCUUGGUUUAUCUCAUCCUUGCCUUUGAAAGAAUAAACUGUCAUUAAAAACCUGCCUUUAUCACAACUCUGGAGGACAGAAUCACAGAAGAGCUGCAUUACCUACUUACAUCAUGGACACUCAAGAACUCGCUUGUACAGACUUUACCGUAGGACUUGUUUUGCAGUAGAUCAAUUAAAUGAAUGCUCCUUUUUUUUAACCACCCAUCUCAUGUGUAGAUUUGUUGUGAAAAGUGCUUUAUAAAACAUUUGAAUCCCCUGUCCUCCGUUCUUAAUGUAUUAUAUCUAUACUUUGACAUGAAACCUACCAAGUGUUUGUAUAACUUUGUGGAAGUGAAAUGUAAAUAAGAGAAUCGAGCCCGCUGAAGGUAUUCCUACAGUAUAGAUGUUUGGGUGCAUCAUCAAUAAAACCUGUUCUUGAAAUAUAUCAGAGAAAAUGUG